UUUACCGUCUACACAUGCGUGAAGAUGGCGAGCAAAUUUAGGCGGUCUUUGUCAUUGGGGCAGGGGCUUCGCAAAGAUCGGCAAUAUUGGUUGUCUCUGAGUUUGGAGGAGAAGCGGAAGGUCUACAGAUGUGGUGAACAUUACGUAACACUUGAUGACGUGGACACAUGGGCGGUCUACAAGAGAGAGAAGCGUCUUGUUUCUAAAUGGAAACCUCAGUAUAGUGUCAACAAGGACUUGAACAGUAAAGUGUCUUUAUGGCAGGGUGAUAUCACUCAUUUGGAGAUCAAUGGAAUUGUUAAUGCUGCCAACAGAAGUCUUCUUGGAGGAGGAGGAGUGGAUGGCUGCAUUCACCGAGCUGCUGGUAACAGUUUAUUGGAUGAAUGUAGAACGUUAGGUGGCUGUUCAACUGGUUCGGCUAAAGUGACUUCAGGGCAUCGGCUACCUGCGAAAUAUAUCUUGCAUGCUGUUGGACCUGUUGGAGAGCAGGAGACGAAGCUUGGCAACUGUUACCAAACUUGUUUAUCACUUGCUCUUGAACAUAAAAUCAGAUCAUUGGCUUUUUGUUGCAUUUCUACUGGAAUUUAUGGCUAUCCUAAUCGAAAUGCUGCAAAUGUGGCCUUACGUACGGUGAGGAGUUGGCUAGAUGAAUCAGAGAAUGCAAACAAGAUGGAUCAAAUAAUAUUUUGCACAUUUCUUCCGAUUGAUGUCAGAAUAUAUGAAGAACUGAUGCCAAGUUAUUUUCCAGAUGAUUUAGAAGCUGCACGAACGUAUAGUAGUUGUGAACUUGAUACACAAGAAUCUGAUACUUUAUCAGAUGAUGAAUCUUUGCCGUCAAAGAAAGAAAGAAAAGAUAGAGGCUCCACAGCUGCUGUCACAUCUAAUGAUAAUGACACAGAUGAGUAUGACAACACAGAUACUCAUAGUCCAGAAAGACAUCAAGAUGCUCAAGACCUUGCCAAAGAAAGCAAAGCAGAAAGUGAGAAACCGAUAGAAUAUUUUCUGCGAUCAGUUUCUGCACCUGCUGCCAUAGAGCAAUCAAAUGGCAAGGAGUCGGUUUGUGUUGAGGGAUCACCUCAAGGCGAGACUAAUAUGUUAGUCAGCAGUGAACAACAGAAAACUGAAACUGCAGGUGCAAAUGAAGAAACAGUGACAACCGCUAGCGGCGACCAUUUGACGGGUGAAGAAAAUCCAACUGAAAAUGUGAACACUGGCGAAGAAGCAACUACCGAAUCUUUAGUUGAUGAACAUGAACAGCAAGAAGAGAUAACUACAGCUUGUACAAACUGACAACUGCAUUUGGCAUAUCUUAUCACAAUAUCAUUUAGUUGCUCUUUGCAUUACCUCUACAGGCAUAUGACACGUGAUGGUGGAGGGUAGCUUUUCUAAGUACGAAUUCAUACUGUACUCUGUUACUUGGACGUGCACGUGCACAACAGGUUGUGUACACUGCGCAUUUAGAAGGAGAAGGUCAGUAUGCUAUCCAGCUGUGCAUUUUGUAAUAAAGACAAAUGUAGUCCACUAGAUAGUAA